ACGCCUUCAUGGGCAAUGGCCUAUACUCCAAUAACUGGGGGUCAGACUUUCCCCAAGGCCACUCAGCCUGGACAUCUGUCUCACACAGAACCUCAUCUCCUACUGUCCUUGCAGCCCGUGUCUUGUCCGAGUCCUCUCUCCCCACACAAGGGGCAAAGCUGGUCUGUAGGAUGCCCUGAGCCACCCCUAGUGUGGCCUCUGCAGCGGCCUCGGUUUCCCCGUCUGCUAACUUGGAUCGAUGACGCCUGCUCUCUGCGCCCUGAAGAUAAAGCUCUGGGUCGGCGAGUGAGGAAGGGUCCCCUGCUCGGCGCAGGCUCGGUGCGGUGCCCCAGGCCCCGCUGCUCGGCGCCCCUCCCUCGUCCUCCGCUCUCCCCUCCGCCUCCCCUGCUCCCCGCCCCUGCGCUUCUCUGCUUCGGCUUCUCCUGUCCUUCCCACUCGCUCACGCCUCCCUGUGCCGGGGUCCCCACGCGCCGCCGCCCGAGCCCCCCGCCACCCCCGCAGGCCGGGCCAAGCCGCAGCGCGGGCGACCGGUGCGCAGCCCCGCGUCCUCGCGGCGCCGGAUCGCCGGCUCCACCGAAGCCGACCCGCCCGCCGCCAGCCAGGUGCCAUGCUGCUGCUCCUGCUGGGCUUGCUGAGCCCGGCAGCCUGCUGGGCACUGGGCCCGGCUGGCCCUGGCUCUUCAGAGCUGCGGUCAGCCUUCUCGGCGGCUCGCACCACCCCGCUGGAGGGCACGUCGGAGAUGGCGGUGACCUUCGACAAGGUGUACGUGAACAUCGGGGGCGACUUCGACGCGGCCAGCGGGCGGUUCCGCUGCCGCGUGCCCGGCGCCUACUUCUUCUCCUUCACGGCCGGCAAGGCUCCGCACAAGAGCCUGUCGGUGAUGCUGGUGCGCAACCGCGACGAGGUGCAGGCGCUGGCCUUCGACGAGCAGCGGCGGCCCGGCGCGCGGCGCGCGGCCAGCCAGAGCGCCAUGCUGCAGCUCGACUACGGCGACACGGUGUGGCUGCGGCUGCACGGCGCUCCGCAGUACGCGCUGGGCGCACCCGGCGCCACCUUCAGCGGCUACCUGGUGUACGCCGACGCCGACGCCGACGCCGACGCGCCUGCGCGCGGGGCCGCGCCUCCGGAGCCGCGCUCGGCCUUCUCGGCGGCGCGCACGCGCAGCCUGGUGGGCUCGGACGCUGGCCCCGGGCCGCGCCACCGGCCGCUGGCCUUCGACACCGAGCUGGUCAACAUCGGUGGCGACUUCGACGCGGCGGCCGGCGUGUUCCGCUGCCGCCUGCCCGGCGCCUACUUCUUCUCCUUCACGCUGGGCAAGCUGCCGCGCAAGACGCUGUCGGUGAAGCUGAUGAAGAACCGCGACGAGGUGCAGGCCAUGAUCUACGACGACGGCGCCUCGAGGCGCCGCGAGAUGCAGAGCCAGAGCGUGAUGCUGGCGCUGCGGCGCGGCGACGCCGUCUGGCUGCUCAGCCACGACCAUGAUGGCUACGGCGCCUACAGCAACCACGGCAAGUACAUCACCUUCUCAGGCUUCCUGGUGUACCCCGACCGCG